GGGUUUGGAGAGGAUAAGAUUCACUCAUUUCCUUCAUGAGAGAGAGUAUACAAUUUGUGGUCAAGAAAAGCACAAUACUGGGUAUGGUGGGUGCUCUGUAGGUGGUGGGAAGGAAGGAGUGUUUCUGGACACAGGGUUCCUAGAAUCUUGGAGAGAUGUCAAGUGUAGUAUGGUUUAGGAGGGAUCUGAGAGUGGAAGACAACCCUGCUUUGGCUGCUGGUGUUAGGGCAGGGGCAGUUGUGGCAGUCUUCAUAUGGGCUCCUGAAGAAGAAGGACACUAUUUUCCUGGAAGGGUAUCAAGAUGGUGGCUUAAGCAAAGCCUGGCUGAUCUUGACUAUUCUCUGAGGAGCCUUGGGACUACCCUUAUCACUAAGAGAUCCGCAGAUAGUGCUUCUUCUCUCCUUGAAGUUAUCAAAUCCACUGGUGCCACUCAACUAUUCUUCAACCACUUAUAUGAUCCUUUGUCACUUGUUAGGGAUCACCGCACGAAGGAAAUGUUAACUAGCCAAGGGAUAACUGUGCGGUCCUUCAACGCCGACUUACUUUAUGAACCGUGGGAAGUUCUUGAUAGUGAAGGACAGCCUUUCACAACCUUCACAGGUUUUUGGGACAGAUGCCUUAGCAUGCCUUAUGAUCCAGAGGCUCCACUUCUUCCUCCUAAAAGGAUCAUUUCUGGUGAUAUCUCCAAAUGCCCUUCAGUAAACUUGGUGUUUGAAGAUGAAUCAGAGAGAGGAAGCAAUGCUCUUCUAGCCCGAGGAUGGUCGCCUGGGUGGAGGAAUGCAGAUAAGGCAUUAACAACUUUCAUAAACGGGCCGCUGAUCGAGUACUCAAAGAACCGCUGGAAAGCUGACCGCGCAACAACCUCUUUGCUCUCCCCACACUUACACUUUGGGGAAGUCAGUGUCCGAAAAGUGUUCCAUCUUGUUCGCAUGAAGCAAGUUCUUUGGGCCAAUGAAGGGAACAAAGCGGGUGAAGAGAGUGUUAAUCUAUUCCUUGAGUCUAUCGGGUUGAGGGAGUAUUCAAGAUAUAUAAGCUUUAACCAUCCAUACAGCCACGAAAGGCCGCUUCUCGGUCAUCUAAGGCACUUCCCUUGGGUAAUUAAUGAGGGACACUUUAAGGCGUGGAGGCAAGGGAGGACGGGUUACCCGUUGGUGGAUGCGGGUAUGAGGGAACUGUGGGCCACCGGAUGGUUACAUGAUCGGAUACGAGUUGUGGUUUCGAGUUUCUUUGUGAAGGUUUUGCAGCUUCCAUGGAGAUGGGGAAUGAAGUACUUCUGGGAUACUCUGUUGGAUGCAGACCUUGAGAGUGAUGCUCUUGGUUGGCAAUAUAUCUCUGGUACCCUUCCCGAUGGGCGCGAAUUGGAUCGCAUUGAUAAUCCACAGUUUGAAGGUUACAAGUUUGAUCCGAACGGGGAGUAUGUACGCCGCUGGCUACCGGAACUUGCUCGGCUUCCCACCGAAUGGAUACACCACCCAUGGAACGCCCCGGAGUCCGUUCUCCAAGCGGCAGGGAUUGAACUCGGAUCAAACUACCCUCUCCCGCUCGUCUGGAUCGAUGCAGCCAAAGCCAGGCUACAAGAGGCCCUCGUCACGAUGUGGCAGCACGAAGCCGCCUGUAGGGCUGCUGUCGAGAACGGUGUCGAGGAAGGACACGGCGACUCCAGUGAGUAUAUCCCGGUCGCCUUCCCCGAGGACAUCAUGCAAACAACCGAUCCGAAUGUUGAGUCCCCGCUCAGAAACAACAACCAAACAGCGACUACUAUAACCCGCGGCGGCGGUUAUCAGGACCAGAUGGUUCCCAGCAUUACUUCUUCUCUUUCUCGGGGUAGUUCGAUGUAUCUCAGGAAUCCAAAUGAGGAUAACCGAGCAGAAGUUCCAAGAAAUGAUAAUUUGACUGAAGAAGAUCCAAGGAGGAGGAACGGGGCGGGCCAAACAGGCCCCCCUCAACCACCAAUUAAUGCCCGCCCGAGGAGGAAUUCAGAAGACUCCUCCACGGCUGAUUCUUCCAACAGCAGCCGUGGCGUGGUUCCUGUGUGGUCCCCGCCGAGUAGUAAUUACUCGGCAAGCGAUGAUAAUGUCACCACCAGUUCAUCUUAUUUGCAAAGGCCACACCGUCAGCUAAUGAACUGGCAACGGCAACGGCUGUCUCAGACGGGGUAAUUAACUAAUCAUCAUCAAAUUUAUGUGAAGGAGUUUAAAUCUAAAACCAGAGGAGUAAAUUAUCAUAAUAUCUUGAAAUCCCAUCAAAUGCCGAUAUGUAAUAAUUUCAUUUCUGUGAACGCAUGCAGCAGCUUUAUUCUAUAAAAUGCAUACAAACUAAUAUUGGUUAAUAAUUGUUUGUAUCCCCCUAGAAAUAGUAGCUAGCUGGUUGGAUUCAAUCUUUUAGUGCUGUGAGUCAGUUGAAUGUCUCUGAUCCAAAUAUGAAUUCUACCACUUGCAGUUUCCCCUGAAUCUUUGGUAAUCUCUAGUUUCUUCAACUUGAUGAUAGCAGGUGAUGGUUUACAAGAUAUGACGAUCAAGAUUUGAGGUUAACAAGAUCUAGGUACUACAAUGCUAAUUAAGCCGAUCAACUAUCGAUCUAUGUCUGUGUGUGUAUUAGCUGAUGAUCAGAGUGGAUGAGGCAAUUCUUUUUCUUUUACUCGUUCCUUUUGUUGUAUCAUAUGGUAGAAAGGGUCUUCUACAACUGAAUAGUAUACACAUUUUGUAAGGGCGAAUAAUCUUCAAAUUGGCUGCAAGUCAUGUCAUAAACUCUGCUUUAAUUUGUGCCUCUCUUCAUUCUUGUCUGGGUUGCUGCAUAUUUUGUUUAACCAUGUACACUAAUUGCGUGAUUUGUAUGUAAUUGGUCAAAAAUUGUAUGGACAGAGAGCAUUGUUGCUUUUUGAACCGUUGGAUUGCCUCCAUCAAGAGUAUCUCACAGGAAAGUUUAAAUGUAUCUGUAUUACUUUUA